AUGGGCGCGGCCCCGCGCCACGCGCAGUCCACGCGUUCCGCGUACGAUGAGGACGCGCUGCUGUCGAUCCGCGUGCUGGGCGCUGACAUCACCGGGCCGCUGACCUUUGGGCUUCUGCUGGCGGGCGGCUGGCAGGCGUACAGGACGGACCUGCUGGGGCAGCUGACGGGGCGGCGGCGCGGGCGCAAGGGGCGCUGGGUGUACGACAGAGGCCUCGGCGGCAAGAGGGUGUGGGUCCCGGCAGAGUCCGAGGAGGGCGGCAGCGGGAAGCUGCCCGACCACAUGUCGGACGUCGACUUCAGCGCCCUCGCGGCAGUGGCGGCGACCAAGGCGGCAGCCGGCAGCGGCAGCGCGGCGCAGCAGGCGGCGGCGCACUACGAGCCCCCGGCGUGGUGGGAGCGCCCCGGCUUCCUGCCGGUUACCAGCGAGGCCGACCGCGCCCGCCGCCGCGCCGAGGCUGAGCGCAUCCUCCGCCGCAUCGAGGCUUCCAAAAACAGGGGCGAGGACUACGCCCUCGAAGACAUCCUCGCGCUGCGCGCCGCGUGCAUGUCCGCCGGCGGCGCGUCGCUCGACGCGCGGACGGUGGGGGGGCGGGACGCGAUCUACAGGACAGCGGUCGAGGCAGGGAUCAGAUCGUGCGUGGAGCCCGGCAGCGUGGACCUCGGGGACUACAGCCCCAUCCGGCUGGCUGCCGGCGUGGCGAGCGACGUGUCCCUGGACGAGCGGCGGGCGGUGACGGUGCUCAAGGGGCUGGUGGCGGGCGCGUGCCGCGGGCGCGUUGUGGAGGUGGGCGGGCCGGGCCGCGGCCGCCGCGUUCGCUGCUUGGCAGCUGGGGGGUUGGUGUCUCGGUCGGGGGCCAGGGGGCGGGCUCGGUUUGUAGAGCGGCGAAUAGACUGA